AUAAAUGACGUGACAACGAACGUGCCAGGCCAGAAUAAACCCUUCAGGCUUUGAAGCUUGAAGCCACAGGUUCAAUAUGUAAAAGCAAAGUGAAAGGAAAGGAAAAAGACAAAGCGCCUACGGGAUGAAGGAUAAAGGAUGAUCGAAACAGACGCUCAUGGCAUCAACCUUCCGAAGUGGACCUAGAAGUUCCACACAGGUCCUGCACUGCUGUACUUAUGAAAUGUCAGACAGACAGAAAGUACUAGUAAUUCUGGCUCUUCUGAGCGAAACAUGCACCGCAAAUAUCACACCUCUAGAACAAGCACCUUCAUCCUCCUCAAGCUCGUCCCCGCAUUCGCUCACAGUCCUUCGCAAGGAUUUUCUCUCCCUGCUUACCUUGGUAUACACAAGUUCCACCAAAGUUGCAUUAACUCUCAGACCUAGCGAACCCGCAUACACUGCUGCACUUACACCGAUACGAGAUCUCGCUACUCACAUAUCCUCAUUGACUACCUGUGCGACACUCUUUGAUGCUCAUGGUAUCACUCUGGCCAAAGAGGUUCGCCGCUCGGCCCAGGAUGUAUGCGAAGCUGCAAGGGCGUUGUCCCAGACCUUUGUUACGAUCACUGAGAACGCCGACCGUGGGUCUUCUUCCUCGGGUGGAGGGAGUGAAGAUUACUUGAUCCGUACAGGUGCUAUUCACGAACUUGUCGAGAAGAUCAAGGGAAGCUUGCCGGAUGAUAACAUCGCUGCCGUGAGGAAGAGGUAUUCCGUGGAUGUGGAUAUGUUGGAAGAUUCGCUGAAAGAAGUUGCUGAGAUGAUCGAAGAUGCUGGGGGAGAUGAUGAAGGAUUCGAAGACGAAGAUAUCGAUGACUUCGACGACGCUUUUGACGAGCUUGGUUUGGGGUCGACCAAGAAAUUGUCGACUGUUGAAGUUGAGAGGAUCAAAAAGAUUCAACCUUUGCUUCGAAUGUCCGCGCUUCUGCACAAACGAAUUAUGCUUGAUCUCUUGAAAAAGGGUCAAACGUAUUCGUCUGAAUUCAGUCGACGAGCCGAUUCUCUGCUUGACAUGUCGAAUACGUUGUUACUUGCACACGAAGAGAUCGUAGCCGUGCUCUAUGCACCUCAAAAGCUUCCCGCGAUCUCCGAGUCCCUUGCCGAGCUCGUGACCGCCGUCAAGCGAGUUCAGGAUACCCUAUUGAACCAAGAACUCCUUCCUCCACCAAGACCAGUUGACGGAGUCGCUUCACUUGAACAAACGUUAGCCGCUGUUAGUAUCAGCAAAUCGGAAACACCAAAGAAGGAGAGGGACGUCCGGAAAUGGUUUGAUACAUGCUUCGAGCAAAUGUUCAAGUUGUCCAAAACCCUUCAUGACGGUGUAGCGUUCGAACCAGAUACAGUUUCGACAUGACAUUUUCUCUCGAGGACAAAUACAGCGCGCGAUGAGAUUCCAGAGUCCAAAGGUAAAAUUACAACCAAAAAGGUACUGAAAAUAAGGAUACGAUAUGUCA